AUGGCCAGUUACGGUGGGAAAUGGCGGUUCCGGCCACUGAGCGUUGAAGAGAAGAAGGAAGUCCGAGAUCGGGCCGUCCAAGACAGAAAGAGUCGAGAUGCUGUCCGCAGUGACCUGGUGGCGCACAGAAACUUUGCACUGACACCCGAAGUAACGCCGGUGCGUACACCCAUUGCCCUGCUUGGCAACAAUUAG